AUGCUUGCUCAACGCACUUUAUCGCGGCGCCUGCCCCAGGUUGCCCUUCGCUCUACCACACCCCGCGCCUCAUUCUCACAAAUCCACUCGCUAAAAGCCGCUGAAAACGAUGAUCCUCUGCAGAACGGUGGCUACCAGAACCCUCCCCGAGUGAAGCGUGCACUCAGAGACCCGUACGGCGGCUGGUGGGAUCAGCAAGAGAGGAGGAACUUUGGCGAACCAGUCCACGAAGAGAACGAAGUCUUGGGAGUUUUCAGUCCCGAGCAAUAUACCCAUGUAACCUCUCGCAAGGCCUUUAUCCAAGUCGGCGGUUUCGUCGCGGCGUUUCUAGGGCUCUGCGGUGUCGUGAGCCUCUUCUAUCCCGACAGACCGAGCGCCCCUAAAACAUACCCUGAUGGUCUGGAGACAGAACUUGGAGGUCGGAAUGCUGUCUCGGCUCGCAAAGCUGGCGAAGAGUCAUUGUGA